AUGUGCCGAGACUGCCGGGAAGUCCCAAUUGGCGUCAGUGUCGCUUCCCGCCUCCCCCAGAUGGAACCUCGGUCACCAGAAGCCUCUAGAAGCAUAGCUCGAGAACCAUUGACCUUCAGGGAUGUGUUCAUGGGGUUUACCUUGGAGGAAUGGCAGCAAUUGAAUUUGGCUCAGAACAUCUACAGGGAUGUCAUGCUAGAGACAACUCGAGAGAACUAUGUUGAUGACCAGAUAAAGAGUCACAAGGAAAGGCAAAAUAAAUCUCUGUGGCUAGCUGCAUUCAUAGAGAAGGAAACAAUGAAGGAUGGAAGUGGCCAAGAAUUCAGAACAUCUAGACAAAUCAUUCUAAGCAUGGAUUUUGCUCCUAUAAGGGAAAGACUACUGAAAUAUUCACAGGGAAAAUAUUCAGAACCUUAUGAAUGCUAUAAAUGUUCAAAAGCCAACCCUCAUUGCUUACCAGAGUACUCACACAGGCAAGAAACCCUAUGA